GUCCUGCGCGCGCAGAUUCGCGCAGACCAGGAAGCGGAUCGCGUGGAGUGACAGUACCGCCGCGGCGCGACUGACUUCUAAACACUCUUGGUACAUGAGGAAGAAACCCGGAAGAGGAAGAGGAAAGCAAAGGAGUCAGGGAUGGCUCUUCCUCAGGGUCUAUUGACAUUCAGGGAUGUGGCCAUAGAAUUCUCUCAGGAGGAGUGGAAAUGUCUGGACCCUGCUCAGAGGACUCUAUACAGAGACGUGAUGGUGGAGAAUUAUAGGAACCUGGUCUCCCUGGAUAUCUCUUCCAAAUGCAUGAUGAAGGAUUUCUUGUCAACAGCGCAAGGCAAUACAGAAGUGAUCCACACAAGGACAUUGGAAAGACAUCACAUUGGAGAUUUUUGCUUCCAGGAAAUUGGUAAAGAUAUUCAUAACUUUGAGUUUCAGUGGCAAGAAGAUGAAAGAACUGUCCAUGAAGCACCCAUGACAAAAAUCAAAAAGUUUACAGGUAGUACAGACCGAUAUGAUCAAAGGCAUGCUGGAAACAAGCCUAUUAAAGAUCAGCUUGGAUCAAGCUUUCAUUCGCAUCUGCCUGAACUGCACAUAUUUCAGAUGGAAGAGAAAAUUGAUAAUCAAGUUGAGAAGUCUAUCAACGAUGCUUCCUCAGUUUCAACAGCCCAACGAAUUUCUCGUAGGCCCCAAACUCAUAUUUCUAAUAACUAUAGGAAUAAUUUCCGGAAUUCUUCAUUACUCACACAGAAACAGGAAGUACACAUGAGGGAAAAAUCUUUCCAAUGUAAUGAGAGUGGCAAAACCUUUAAUUAUAGCUCACUCUUAAAGAAACAUCAGAUAAUCCAUUUAGGAGAGAAACAAUAUAAAUGUGAUGUAUGUGGCAAAGUCUUUAAUCGGAAGCAAUAUCUUGCAUGCCAUCGUAGAUGUCACACUGGUGAGAAACCUUACAAGUGUAAUGAGUGUGGCAAGACCUUCAGUCAGACGUCAUCCCUUACAUGCCAUCGUAGACUUCAUACUGUUGAGAAACCUUACAAAUGUGAGGAAUGUGACAAAGCUUUCAGUUUCAAAUCAAUCCUUGAAAGACAUAGGAGAAUUCAUAGUGCAGAGAAACCAUACAAGUGUAAUGAGUGUGGCAAGACCUUCAGUCAGGAGUUAACCCUUACAUACCAUCGUAGACUUCAUACUGGAGAGAAACUUUACAAAUGUGAAGAAUGUCACAAAGCUUUCUGUUUCAAAUCAAACUUUGAAACACAUAGGAGAAUUCAUACUGGAGAGAAACCGUACAAAUGUAAUGAGUGUGACAAGACCUUCAGUUCGAAGUCAUACCUUACAUGCCAUCGUAGACUUCAUACUGGAGAGAAACCUUACAAAUGUAAUGAGUGUGGCAAGACCUUCAGUCAGGAGUUAACCCUUACAUGCCAUCGUAGACUUCAUAGUGGAGAGAAACCUUACAAAUGUGAAGAAUGUGACAAAACUUACAGUUUCAAAUCAAACCUUGAAAGACAUCGGAAAAUUCAUACUGGAGAGAAACCUUACAAGUGUAAUGAUUGUGGCAAGACCUUUAGUCAUAUGUCAUCUGUUGUAUACCAUCGUAGACUUCAUAGUGGAGAGAAACCUUACAAAUGUGAAGAUUGUGAUGAAACUUUCACUUUCAAAUCAAAUCUCGAAAGACAUAGGAGAAUUCACACCGGAGAGAAACCAUACAAGUGUAAUGAGUGUGGCAAGACCUUUAGUCGGAAGUCAUACCUUACACGCCAUCAUAGACUUCAUACUGGAGAGAACCCUUACAAGUGUAAUGAGUGUGGCAAGACCUUCAGUCAGCAGUUAUCCCUUACACGCCAUCAUAGACUCCAUACUGGAGAGAAACCUUACAAGUGUAAUGAAUGUGGAAAGACCUUCAGUAAGGAGUUAACCCUUACAUGCCAUCGUAGACGUCAUACUGGAGAGAAACCUUACAAAUGUGAAGAAUGCGACAAAGCUUUCGGUAGGAAAUCAAACCUUGAAAGACAGGAGAAUUCCUUACUGGACAGAAACUGUUACAACUGUAAUGAAUGUGGCAAGACCUUUGUUAAGUCAUCCCUUAUAUAUGCCAUCGUACACACUUCCUUGCAAGAGAAACCUUAUAAGUGUAAUGCCAGGUGUGACAAGACUUUCCGUCUGAAGUCAUCCCUCGUGAAACUUCAUACUGGAAGGCUGCAAGUCCGAAGUCAUACUGGAGAGAAUCUUUGCAAGUGUAAUGAGUGUGGCAGACCUUUGCUUCGGACAUCAUCCCGCCCACAUACCAUCGUAGAGUUCAUACUGGAAGCCAAAUUUGACAAAGCUUACAGUUUCAAAUCAAACCUUGAAAUACAUCGGAAAAGUCAUACUGGAGAGAAUCUUUGCAAGUGUAAUGAGUGUGGCAAGACCUUUAGCCGGACAUCAUCCCUUACAUACCAUCGUAGAGUUCAUACUGGAGAGAAACCUUACAAAUGUGCAGAAUGUGACAAAGCUUUCCGUUUCAAAUCAAGCCUUGUAAUACAUAGGGGAAUUCAUACUGGAGAGAAACUGUACAAGUGUAAUGAGUGUGGCAAGACCUUUAGUCAGAAGUCGUACCUUAGACGCCAUCAUAGUCUUCAUACUGGAGAGAAACCUUACAAGUGUAAUGAGUGUGGCAAAACGUUUAAUCAGAAGUCAUACCUUGCAUACCAUCGUAGACUUCAUACUGGAGAGAAACCUUACAAGUGUAAUGACUGUGGCAAGACCUUUGGUCAGAAGUCACACCUUACAUGCCAUCGUAGGCUUCAUACUGGAGAGAAACCUUACAAGUGUAAUGAGUGUGGUAAGAUGUUUAGUCGGAAGUCAUACCUUACACGCCAUCGUAGACUUCAUACUGGAGAGAAACCUUACAAAUGUAAUGAGUGUGGCAAAGCCUUUCAUGGGCAGUCAGCACUUCACAAAUGUAGUGAUUGUCACCACGUCUUCAGUAAUGCUACAACUAUUGCAAAUCAUUGGAGCAUCCAUAAUGAAGAGAGAUCUUAGAAGUGUGAUAAAACUGGCAAACUUUUCAGACAUCAUUCAUACCUUGAACUCAUACUAGAGAGAAACCUUACAAAUGUGAAGAAUGUGAUGAAGCUUUCAGAUUCAAAUCAAACCUUUAUAGUCCUAGAAAUCAUAUUAGAAAGAAACCUUACAAGUGUAGUGACUGUGAAAGGGUUUUGAAUCGAAAAGCAAAGCUUGCACGUCAUCAUACAAUUUAUCCUGGCGAUAAACCUUAGAAAUGUAAAUCAUGAAAAAAGCUUAGUCACAAAUCAAGCCUUGAAAGACAAGAAAAUUCAUAUUGGAGAGAAACCUUACAAGUGUAAUGAAUAUGGCGUGGUUUUUAAUCAACAGGCACACCAUGCACGUCAUCAUAGAAUUCAUACUGGAGAGAAACCUUAGAAAUGUGAAGCACGUGACAAAGUUUACAGUUGCCAAUCAAGCCUCGAGAGACAGGAGAAUUCAUACUGGAGAGAAAGCUUACAAAUGUGAUGAAUGUCACAAAGUUUUCAGUUGCACAUCAAACCUUGAAGGACCUAGGUGAAUUCAUACUAGAGAGAAACCAUAGAAAUGUAAGUUUGUGACAAAGCUUUCCGGUAUGAUUUGCACCUGGCACAACAUCCUAGAAUUCACACUGGAGAGAAACCUUACAAGUGUAAUGAGUGUGACAGAGUCUUUAGUGGACAGUCAACACCUGUUUACCAUCAGGCAAUUCAUGGUGUAGGGAAACUUUACUGAUGUAAUGAUUGUCACAAAGUCUUCAGUAAUGCUACAACCAUUGCAAAUCAUUGGAGAAUCCAUAAUGAAGAGAGAUCAUACUAGUGUAAUAAAUUUGGCAGAUUUUUCAGACAUCAUUCAUACCUUGCAGUUCAUUGGUGAACUCAUGCUGGAGAGAAACCUUACAAAUGUCAUGAUUGUGGCAAGGUCUUCAGUCAAGUUUCAUUCUAUGCGAAACAUAGGAGAGAAACCUCACAAGUGUGAUGAUUGUGGCAAAGCCUUUACUUUACGUUCACACGUCAUUAGGCGUCAGAGAAUGCAUACUGGACAGGAAUCUUACAAAUGUCAUCAAUGUGCCAAGGUCUUCAAUCUGAGUUUACUCCUUGCAGAACAUCAGAAAAUUCAUUUUGGAGGUAGUUGUUCCAAAUGCAAUCAGUAGAGCAAACCGUUAAGCAUUAAUUGACAUUAGAGUCAAUUCAGCAUUGAGUUGAGUUGAUUUAACAUUGAGUUCAAGCAUUAAUUGAAAUUAAAGUGUUUAUGUUAAAAGGAUUGGGCUGGGCCCUGGCUCCUGCCUGUAAUCUCAGCAUUUUGUGAGGCCAAGGGAGGUACAUCACUUGAGGUCAGGAAUCUGAGAUCAACCUGGCCAACAGACGUGAGCCAUUUUCCCAGCCUGUUUUCUGUUUCUUUAAAAAAAAAACUGAUAGGGAUUUUUAUGGGUAUUGUGUUGAAUCUAAAUCACAUUGAGUUAUAUAAUCAUUUAACAAUAUUUUCCCAAAACAUCAAUAUGGGUUGUAGCUCUGUUUUUAAUCAUUUUGAUCAAUGUUUGUAGAUUUCAAGGUAUGAACUUCUGAGCUUUUAAAGUUUAUUUCUAAGUAUUUCUUACUUUACGUUCUCCAGCAAAUGGAAGUGUUUAAAAAUUUUCUUUUAAAAUUUUUUAUUGUUAAAGUAUGGAAAUUCAACUAAUUUUUGGUGCUGAUACUGUAUUGUGCAAAUCCACUGAAUAUGUUACCUAGUUCCAGUAGUAUUUUGGUUGACUCUUUGUGAUUUUCUACACAGAAGAUCGUUUCAUCUAUAAACAAAUAUAAUUUUACUUCUUGCUUUCU